AUGGCUCAUGUAAGUAAAUACAGUUACUUAGUUUCUGCGGGGGUUUUGGUUUUCCUGUCUCUGUUUUGCUUGGCUGAUGGUGGAAAGCUGUUGGUGGUGCCAAUGGAUGGGAGUCACUGGCUCAGCAUGCGCUCAGUGCUGGUGGCCCUCAGCCAGAAAGAACACAAAAUUGUCGUUGUCGCACCAGAAGUAAAUUUGAAUGUGAAGGCAUCUGAAUAUUACACUCUCAAAACGUAUCCAGUGCCGUUAACUAGGGAAGAACUGGCAGCAAGCAUGCAUUCAUUUGCUAAUGAUCUUUUUGAGAGAAGACCUUUUCUUCAAAGAAUUACUGCGCUUUAUGAAAAAGUUCAAGUCAUCUCUCAUCUCUACGUCUCCUCCUGUACCAGUUUACUGGACAAUAAGGAUCUGAUGCAAUAUCUUGAAGGGAGUAAAUUUGAUGCUCUUCUCACGGAUCCUGUUGUACCAUGUGGACAAAUACUGGCUCUGCAUCUCUCUAUCCCAUCCAUUUUCUUUUUACGAGGACUCCCCUGCAGUUUUGAUUUGCAGGCUACCCAGUGUCCAGACCCCCCUUCCUACGUCCCAAGAACAUUUACAGACAACUCAGACCGCAUGACAUUUAUCCAGCGUGUGGAAAACUUAUUUCUCAAGUCAUUAGAAUACUUUCUUUGCAAUUUUGCCUAUUUGCCAUUUGAACUUCUGGCCUCAGAUGUCCUCCACAGACCAGUAACAAUGAAGGAGCUCUUAAGCCAUGGAUCCAUUUGGCUUAAAAGAAUGGAUUUUGUUUUUGAGUAUCCCAUGCCAGUGAUGCCCAACAUAGUUUUCAUUGGAGGUAUAAACUGUGGAAAGAAAAAGCCAUUCUCUCAGGUCAAUUAUCCGAGACCAUUGAUGCCCAACAUGAUUAUGGUUAGUGGAGUAAACUGUGCUCACAAGAAGCUACCUCAGGCAGGCCUCAGAAGAUUCCACCUUGGUGAUGUCGAUGUGAGAUCUGAGAACAAAAUCAAUCCUAGUGACCCUGAAGGGGCUAUGGUGGCUUGGCAGAUCCUGCUCAAAGGCAGUAGAGCUGCCAAAGCUUUUCUUGUAAAAACAGAUGGGGCUUAUCUGGUACAUCCACCACAUUUACCAACCACCCAUGUACAUUGCUGA